AGGAUUGGACAGGGAGUAGUCUGAAGGUCUUGUUUCUGUAAACAAAUAUCUUCUUUGUACAUCCUCCUUCAAACAUCUUGUUUUUCACUGUUCAGCACAUCAGUUUGAUAAGAACCCUGGCAUGAGGGUCAGCACUGAUGAGAAUUAGUUAAGAGUUUGUUUUCUGAAUCGCCACUUUUUUUAAUUUGGAAUGGGUUAAGUUUGUUAUCAAUGCGGACUAAAGUUCAGAAUCGCUUUGAGGAGCGCCAGGAAAGCUUAAACAGGGAUUCCGAUGCAGAACAGAAUGCUGCGAUUAAGCUUGCCCAGGAAAGAGAUGAAAUAGUAUCCAAAUACGACAAGGGAAAAGAUGGAGCAACUGUGGAACCCUGGGAGGAUGCCAACUACCAUCUCUACAAAGUCACAGACAGAUUUGGAUUUUUACAAGCGAAUGAGCUUCCGUCAUAUGAUUCAGUGGAAGAGAAGCAAAAACUUCAAGAAGUUGAGAGAACUACAAAAUGGUUGAAAAUGAUGAAGAGCUGGGAUAAAUACAAGAACAGUGAAAAGCUUAUGAGAAGAAUAUAUAAGGGAAUCCCAAUUCAGCUUCGAGGAGAGAUAUGGGGUUUGCUUCUUGAUAUACCAAAAAUUAAAGCUGAGAAGAAAGGUUUUUACGAGAAACUAAAACAGAGGGCAAGAGUGCUUUCACCAGAUAUCAGGCAGAUUGAUCUCGAUGUGAACCGUACGUACAGGGACCAUAUAAUGUUCAGGGAUAGAUAUGAUGUAAAGCAACAAGCGUUAUUCCAUGUUUUAACUGCAUAUUCCAUGUAUAACACAGAAGUGGGAUAUUGCCAGGGAAUGAGCCAAAUCACAGCUUUGCUGCUCAUCUAUAUGAAUGAAGAGGAUGCCUUCUGGGCCCUUGUGAAACUUCUGUCUGGUCAAAAACAUGUAAUGCACGGGUUUUUUGUUCCUGGAUUUCCAAAGCUCCUGAGGUUUCAAGAACACCAUGACAGGAUUUUGAAGAAGAUGAUGCCUAAACUUAAGCAACACUUGGACAACCAAGAAGUUUUCACCAACCUUUACACCAUGAAAUGGUUCUUUCAGUGUUUCCUUGAUAGAACUCCCUUUACUUUAACUCUAAGGAUAUGGGAUAUCUACAUACUAGAAGGAGAGAAAAUCCUUACAGCUAUGUCUUACACUAUCCUUAAACUCCACAAAAAGCACCUGAUGAAGCUGUCAAUGGAAGAGCUAGUGGAGUUCCUUCAGGAAACACUGUCCAAAGAUUUUUUUUUUGAUGAUGACUUUGUGAUAGAUCAGCUUCAGAACUUCAUGUCAGAGCUAAAACGGUCAAAGUUAGAACUGCCACCACCAGGUAAAGAGGAUGAAAUUCCGAAGAGGCCACUGGGGCAGAUGCCACCAGAGCCACAGCCUCUCAUCUCAAAUCAUAUUGUCAAUGGGCAGAGCAAUAGUGCUAAGUCAGAAGUACACUCUCACAUGAGAAAAAAGUCCUCUCCAGAGAGAGACAAGGAUAAACCUUCCAUUAUCAGUGGAAGAAAGGACUUGAUUGAAAAAUCCAUAGCUAAGCAACAAAAACCUGAUAAACAUGAAGGCCGUGCUCGAGGUUCUUCAGAAGCAGAACUUCAUAAACAACAUGGUGUACCAGCACCUCAAACUUCAGGUCAGUACAGCCCUAGGCAGUUUAACAAUGUAGCGGCUAAACAUAACUUGAAUGCUACUUCAAGCACAAGGAAAGACUUUCCACCCAGAUGGAAUAUACCUUCUGAAAUUAAACUUGUGGAAGCAGCUGCAAAGGCUGCCGCUGAUGGUAGGAGUAUGGCUGCGAACUACAGAAUUCCAAGUUCGUCCAGUCGUGAUGAAGCACAGAUGUUUUUGGUGAGGCCAAAGACUAGAGGUUUGAUUAUUGAUGAAACUAGAAGGGGGUCCAAUGCAUCGCAGUAUGAUAAUGUUUCUGGAGCUGAACCUGACUUUGAAAACCGUGUCGAUGGACUGCUGGAAAGGUCCACUUCACACAGUCCAAAAAAUGAGUCAACUUUGUUCAAUCCGUCACUGAAAUCUGCUAGUCCAACAAAAAUGUUGAACAACGUCAGUGUUGGUGGUCAACAGAGAUCUCGCUUGCACAUAGUACAGUUUGAUAGUCCAGACCAAAGGUCCCAUGGGAAACCCCCUCCAUCUUAUUCUGUUCCUCCUGGUUAUGGUCACUCUCCAACUCGAGCACAGUACAACUACAGCAUUGAUGUCAGGCCUGACGACAGACAAUAUGGUACCAUGCUGCCCACUCUUGCAGACCUAUCUCCUGAAAAGACACAUAUGAACGCCUACCCUAUUAAUAGCUAUCAGUUUUCCAGCUCUUCCCAGGCCAAUCGUAUUAUUGUCACCUCUGCUGACAGAAAUGCACAGUAUGAUUCUGUAAAUUCCAGCAACUAUUUAAGACAGCCUGCAAAGUUAGUUGGUGUGCCAGUGUACCCCCAAGUGGACUAUAUGCAAGAAAACAGGAAGCGACUGGACCAGGUUUCUGCCUACAGACCGGAGCACCAUGGGCGGCAAUGGAAUCAGGAGGUUGAUGCUCGGUACAUGGGAAAUAUGCCAAGGUCACCAAGCUUUCAAAGGGCACAGAUGGACCCAGUUCAAGAGUUUAACUAUUCUGCUGCAUAUAUAGAUGCUUCACUUCGAUACAGGACUCCAUAUCCAGAACCACCGGCUCCAAGUAGACAGCUGCACCAAACCUCUUUGAAUACACAACACUACAGAUAUCCUACAGAUGGGCAUUCAGCACAAGAAUCGGCGCUACUGUGAAGAAUCAUUGGGUCCCAGUAUCGCUGUAAAGCAAAGGCAAAGAGUAAUCAUAGUGGCUUUAUUAUGUUUACAAGCAACAUACUGGUCUGAUAAUUACGUGACACAACACAAAGUCAUUAAUUGUAAGACAUUUUAAGUAACUGUAGAUGUUUCAUAGUAAAUUCAUAGUUGGGAACAAGUUUAUCUAAAAUGUGGUUAGAAUUGUAUUGAUGCUUACACUAUUUUAUAGAUUCUGGAGAAGUGUUCUGUGAGACUUGCAUUUGUUUUUAAAUUAGCAUUCACAGUGUUCUUUUCAUAAAAUGUUUUGUUGUCUUUUUCUUUUGUGUUCUUGGGUGUAAAUGUCAAAAAAAAUGACGCUGGCUAGAUUGAAACUUCUUUAUUUAUUUAAGUAUGAAGCUUUGUGAGAUAACUUAGUGCGAAGUAAAAACUGUUAAAAAAAUCUAAGAGUGAUUUGUACAUACAGUACCAGUCAAAAGUUUGAGUACACUUGCUGAAA